AUGUUCAUCUUCUUGCAUCCUCUCGAUUGUCUGUCGAAAUGCUUUGGAAAACAUUUUUGGCAGAAUGUCGAGGAUUGCUCCGUUUUGUUGAUCAGCAACAGCCACACCAACUUCCGGCGGGUAUACGGUCGGAGAUUGGUUCAUGACAUCUCUAACCUUCGCCAAGAAUGUUGGAACGUCUGGAGGAGAAUCACUGUUCGUGAAAUGCAUCCCUUCCAACGCUUUAGCAGAGAUUCGCUGCUCUGUGCGGUCAUUUUGACUGAAACCAGCGUCACGGAGGUUUGUUACCACUUCACCAGCGUUCAUUACAGUGGUAUCCUGAUCCUUCAUAUGUGCUGCGGCUGCACCUUUGAGCGACUUGAUGAUCACGUUCUUCAAAUCUCGCCAAUUCUGCUGGAGCUUGCGGUCGUUGUUGUUGGGUUGGUUCGGAAUCCCUGCCGCAUUGCCGUUCAGCACGUUGUUGAAGUAUUGGACUAGGUCCAGGCGGUCCGCUUCUUGCGUUACCGCUCGAAGCCAGUCACGCCAGUCAGAUUUCUGUCCCAGUUUGGGUGAAAUCUCUCCAAGACUCAUAUCGGGCAUUUUGUGGCGCAAAUAAUGCGACUUUGUUUUCUCUACUUCUACAAAGUAUUGACUAGCAAUUUCUUUAAUAAGGUAAGGCUCAAGGGCUUGAAACAGUGUUGGAACACCCGAACACGUCCAAGCGCAAUAUGAGGCUCUUGAGAGUAAAUGGAAUGAUUAUCGUUGCAAU